AUGUGUUGCAGUGUCGUCUGCAUUACACCGUUCACUUGUUGUAAUAUAAUUGUUGUACAAUUUUUUAUUCUAUUGCCGUAUUACUUAAAAGUUAAAGCCGCCCUGCCGCCUGGAGCUGAGGACGAAAUAAUCCUUAUUGAACAUCUUCCUGGACGACGAGUACACCUACAAGAUUUUUUUUGGACUGGUUUAGAAGACGCGCCACCAUGGAUAGAUCCAGAACAAACACUUACAUAUUACGAAACCCGUACUGUACAUCAUACAGCAACAGUUUACGUUCCCGGAGAAGGUGUAGGUCGAGAAAAAAACCCUGGAAGUGGAACUCACGAUCCCGGAUGUAUCUCGUGCAUAGAUCCCACUCCGACAUUGAUUGACCCUGACCAAGAAAUUGGUAUUUUUAUUGGCGAUGAUCCAGAUCCUAAAUACUGGCUUCUAACAGUACUUCAAGCUGGUGAAAAUGUACCGCCAAAAGUUGAAUUAAGAUUAGCUCGUUUGUACAAAGCUGCUUUUGCACGUCAACAGCAACGACAUUUGGGACUUUUAACAACAGAUCCACGUCUUCGAAGAGCUACCAAUAAACGAAUUACACAACAUAAUGAUUCUAAAUUAGCAUCAGGAGAAUCUAUGGAUACUCGCCCAAAAAAUGGGUCAAAAAUUACUUCGACAAUUGCAAGUACAAUAGAAACGACUGAGUCAAUAAUAGAAAAUAAUAAUACAGAUAAAAUUGAAUCUGUAAAAAAAAUGAAGGAAAUUAAAAUUUCAAAUGAUGAAAUUUUUAAAGCAAUCAAUUUAAAUGAAAAUAAAUCAACUUUUGAACAUAAUGAGCAAAUAAAACUAAAAAUUUCAACUGAAAAUUUAGAUAAAGAAUUAUUAGAAAAUAUUAAAUCAAAAGUUAUUUUAAAUGACGAUACUUUGGAUGUUAAGUUAACUGAAACAUCUUUUAAAAAUAAUAAAUCGGAUUUAUUUAUGGAAAAAAUAGUCGAGAGUCCACAAGCUUUAAGAUCAAAUCCAGAACAAUUUUAUGAAGAUUACAAUGAAGAUGAUUUUAAGCCAAAUACUAAUAUUAAUACGAAUUUAAAGACUGAAUCUCAUAAAUUAACUUUAAUGAAUGAUACAAAAUCAAACACAACAAAUGUCGAUAUUAAUGAUGAAAAAUUAGUUAUAGUUAAUAAUCAAUCCUUAGUAUCAUCUGUCCAGUUGAAUACAUCUAGCUUAAAUAAUAAAACAGAAUCUUACUCAUCAAGUUCAAGAUUAAGGACCGUAGGUACUGGAAUUGUUCAAGUUAAAAUGCAAAAUACGACAGUACAACGUGAUGGAUCAACAAAGUUAAUUUAUUCUGUUCAUUUGGGUGGAAAACCUGUUCCUGCUGAAACUGCUGCCAAGGAUAUGGCACUUCUAUCUUCUCAAGAAGUUGCUUUAGAGCUCGGUGCACCGGUUAUCAUUCAAAGUGAACCUUAUUUGAAAGAAACUAAACCACUGGCACUUUCAAGAAAACCAGAAGUUUGGCUGUUAGUUGGCACCGCAGGAGCAACUAUUUUACUUUUAACAUUGAUAAUCAUCGGGAUUAUUUUAAUUGCUAAAAAGAAAAAAGUUCAUAGUGCAGUUUCUGUUCCUCCUCAUCAAAGUAUUUUAAAAAAAGAAGCUGGAUACACAGCGUCAACUCCAGGAUUAGACAAUACUGGAUAUACAUCAGAAACAGAAGGACGUACGGAUGGUACCAGUCAGCGACAGACACCAGGAAGUUUUUCUCGAACUCCAGGUACACCUAUUACGCCCAACACUAUUGACGACGAUAUACAAGAAUUGUCGAGUGACGAGGAAGAAACUAAAGAGCAAAUGCAAAAUUCUUGGGAUAUACAAGAAUAUGCAACGUUACAAACAAAUUCUAGAAAUGGAAGAAAACGAAUAACAAAAAUGAAUGCUAUUGAAACAUUAGACAGUCCAGAUUCGAUGGAGACGGUAGUUAAUUGUAAUGAAAGAGGUGAAUCACUAGAAAAUGGUUAUAUUCAUCACUUAGAAGAAACAGCUUCACCGCAUUCUUAUUUAUCAAUGCCGCCUUGCAAAUUAUUUCCAAGCAUGAGAAGUGUUGAGCCGCUUUCUAGGAUAUUAGAACCAGUUGUGGUCAGACAUUUAGACAUGGAGUUUGAAACUCCUGAGAUGACGAGACGGGAGAAUGGCUUUGUUAAUAGAAAGUUAGGAGAUGAGUCACUAGGACGAACAAGGAGUGCUGUAAAGGAUCCAGGAGUUGUUGGGCCAAUUGUUUGGGAUCUUAGAAAACAACGAGCGGUUGAAGUAGAAAACGCGAGUACAGAAAUGGACGUAGAACGGCAACUUCCGUCGUCGGGUCCGGUCGGUCGAGCCAGGAGAAGACUUCACGAGCUUCUAGAGGAUUCAUUCAGUCUAUUCACCACAAAGGACAUAAAAAACAAAGAACAAAAUACCGUAGUAUCUUCGCAUUCAAACGGAAUUUUACACGAUCGUGUUACGAUGUGCUUGGAAUCGAAAGAGAAAUGUACACUCGUCAGUCCGGCCGCAAGUCCAAUGAUACAUUCGAAGAUGCGUCCACGGACUUCUCUUCCGCGCGACGUACUCGAAGAAUCAAUACCGGAAACCGGAAACACAAGCAUACAAACAACACGAGGGGCAUGGGGAUCGAGGCCAAUGAGUGCGGGACCAUUUCAUCGCCCGAAUUUACCAGAAGUAAACGUAACUCGCGUGCUCGCGGAUACUCAUCUAGCUCCGGAUGAUCCAGCAGUUCCACUCAUUGCUGCUAUUCGAAAAGAAUUAGAAAAAUUUACCCCAGAUAAAAUUUAGAAUUAUUUAAUUGUGGAUAAUCAUAGUUAAUAUUAAUUAGAUUUUAAGUCUCAACACCUUUAAUUUUUUUUUUAUUUACUUCGAUUAUUACGUAUUUAAAUAUUUUUAUUUUCUCCGACAUGUAAAAUUUUUAUCAUCUAUGAUUAUUUUUUUUUUUAAUUUAAUAUAUAUAUUAUAAUAAUUUUUAUAAAAAUUUUUACAAAUUUGACUUAUUUUUAAUUUUUUUAAGUACAUAAAAUAUUUAAUUUUGAAAGCAACAAGAUGUUGAGACUCUAAAGAUAAAUAUUUUAUCAACUCACCCAUCUAGAUAAAUUAUUUAUGAACUAGUCUUAUUUAUUCAUUCAUUACUUUUUUAUAACUACACUGUAAAAAAUUGCUAAUGUAUUCGGAGUGAUUACACAUUUUAUUUAAACUCGAAUUCACUCCGUCACUAGAAGUUCCGAAAUUUAAAAAAAAAUCACUCCGCAUAUGGAGUAAAUAGGGAGUUUCUUUUUUCAGCGAUGUAGAUUUUACUCAAAUCCGUAUUCACUCCGAUUCGGAGUUUGAGUAUUAAGAGGGAUCUGAAAUUUUUUAUCUAUUACUCAAGUUCACGUUUUUCUCUUAAACAAAUGAACAUUUUUUAAAAGUGAAAACGUAGAUUGCUAAACUAUAGAGUUAUGCAUCGAGCCUCGUUCUUAAUUUUGAGUUUAGAGGUUUUGUUAGAGAGAAAAGCUUGGACAAAAGUUACUAUAAACCCUCUUUAAAAUAAAUUUCCUUAGGAAGUGAAUUUUACUCCAAGGGGAUUAAAUAAAUAUACAGUCAUCCUCUCCAUAUUCACUCCGGAUUUAAUCCACGAAUUUUUUUCAGUGUAUCAUUGGGGAAAAUGGGUCUGAAAUACAAAAAAAAGAGGAUAUUUUUGUAAUUUUUUUUGAGUACUUUCGUUAUUAAAAUUUUUAAAAUUCGUGACAAUAUUAAGCAUCAUUUCAAGAAUAUUCUGCAAAAUUUUCAUUAAAAAAUAUUGAAAAAUAAACGAGUGGUAGUGGGGAGAGACGAGUCAUCUCAAAAAAAAAAGUCUUCAAGCCGUAGGCAGGAUAACUCAUGACUGCUUCAUCAGAAAUCAAAGUUCUUUAGUACAUAAGUUUAUUUUAGAUUUGAACGAAGGAAUAAAUAAAAUAUUCAUUUUUCAACUUUUGGUAAAGGUGCAAUCCAAAAAACUCUGAUUUUUGCUAAAAAUUGUUCCUUUUAUUUAAUUAAAAAAUAAGAAGUUAUUGACAAAAAAAUAUCCUUCAUUCAAAUCUAAGACAAACUUAUGUACAAAAGAAAUCUUUUUGGUUUUUUGAUUUCAGAUGAGGCAGUCAUGAGUUAUCCUGCCUACGGCAUGGAGACUUUUUUUUAGUGACUCGUCUCUCCCCACUACCACUCGUUUAUUUCUCAAUAUUUUUUAAUGAAAAUUUAGCAGAAUAUUCUUUGAAUGAUGCUUAAAAAUGUCACAAAUUUUGAGAAUUUUAAUAACGAAAGUACUCUGAAAAAAAAAAUCACAAAAGUAUCCUUUUUUUUACUAUCUCAGACUCGG